CCUGGCUUCGGUUUCCUUUUCCCAGCCGGGAAGGCAGGUUCCCCAGAGCCCUGAGGCUCUGAGUGUUCAAGCCCUGUUGGCUGUGCCUCUGCGGGGUUCCAGGCGGGUCUCAGGAGCCCACCAGCUCCCUCGGCUGGCCGAGUCCAGGGGAAGCAGGCUCCCGCGCCGGUGGAGGGGGCAGGGGCAGGGGCAGCUGCUGGGCUGAGGCCAUGGCUCUGCGACCCUACCAGUGGGAGGUGAUCAUGCCCGCCCUGGAGGGCCGGAACAUCAUCAUCUGGCUGCCCACGGGCGCGGGCAAGACCCGGGCAGCCGCCUACGUGGCCAAGAGGCACCUGGAAACAGUCGAUGGAGCCAAAGUGGUGGUGCUGGUCAACAGGGUGCACCUGGUGACCCAGCACGCUGAGGAGUUCAGCCUCGUGCUGGGUGGACGCUGGGCCAUGGCCACCUUGAGUGGGGACAUGGGGGCACGGGCGGGCUUCGGCCACAUGGCACAGAAGCACGACCUGGUCAUCUGCACAGCCGAGCUGCUGCAGAUGGCACUGAGUAGCUCGGAGGAGGAGGAGCACGUGGAGCUCACAGAUCUCCCCCACCUGGGCCCUCCUCCGGGGCUGUGGCAGUCUGAGAUGGACAGGGCUGGGGGAAGCAGGGCUAAGGGGAGGAAGGGCCCCACGCACGGUGUAGACUCCAGCUUCCCUGCGGCUCCAGCCUUCUCCCUCAUCGUGGUGGAUGAGUGUCACCACACGCACAAGGGCACCGUCUACAAUGUCAUCCUGAGCCAGUAUCUGGAGCAGAAGCUGCAGAGGCGGCGGCACCUGCCCCAGGUGCUGGGUCUCACCGCCUCUCCAGGCACGGGCGGGAACUCCAAGCUCCAGGGCGCCAUCGAGCACAUCCUGCAGCUCUGUGCCAACCUGGAUACGUGGUGCAUUAUGUCGCCCAAGACCCACCGCCCAGAGUUGCUGGAGCACCGUCCCCAGCCCUGCAAGCAGUAUGACUUGUGCCAGAGGCGCAGCCAGGACCCAUUUGGGGACUUGAUAAAGAAGCUUAUGGCUCAGAUCCACGACCACGCGGAAAUGCCGGAGUUGGCCCAAGACUUUGGGACGCAGACGUAUGAGCAGCAGGUGGUGGAGCUGUGCAAGACAGCCGCGGAGGCGGGGCUCCAGGAGCGCCGCGUGCUCGCGCUCCACCUGAGGCGCUACAACGACGCGCUGCUCAUCCACGACACUGUGCGCGCUGUGGACGCCCUGGCCUCGCUGCAGGACUUCUGUGACCGGGAGCGCGCCACCAAAUCUCAGAUCUUGCACGCCGAGCGCUGGCUCCUGGGCCUCUUCGAUGACCACAAGGACGAGCUGACCCGCUUGGCAACACACGGCCCCGAGAACCCCAAACUGGACACGCUGGAGCAGAUCCUGCAGGCGCAGUUCAGGGGUGCCGCCAACCCCCGGGGCAUUGUCUUCACCCGCACCCGCCAGAGCGCCCAGUCCCUGCUGCUCUGGCUCCAGCAGCAGCCCAGCCUGCGGACGGCGGGCAUCCGGGCCCAGAUGCUGAUCGGGGCGGGCAGCGGCAGCCAGAGUGCGCACAUGACCCAGAGGGACCAGCAGGACGUGAUCCGGAAGUUCCGGGCCGGCGCCCUGAACCUUCUGGUGGCCACGAGUGUGGCAGAGGAGGGGCUGGACAUCGCCAAGUGCAACGUGGUGGUGCGCUACGGGCUGCUGACCAACGAGAUCUCCAUGGUCCAGGCGCGGGGCCGCGCACGGGCCAGCCAGAGCGUGUACUCGUUCGUGGCCACGGAGGGCAGCCGGGAGCUGCGGCGCGAGCUGACCAAUGAGGCUCUGGAGGCCCUGAUGGAACAGGCAGUGGCCGCCGUGCAGAGGAUGGACCCGGCCGAGUACCAGGCCAAGAUCCGGGAUCUGCAGCUCGAAGCCGUGGUCAAGCGUGCCGCCCGGGCCACGCAGAGGGACAGACAGCGGCGACAGUUCCCCGCGGAGCACGUGAGGCUCCUCUGCAUCAACUGCAUGGUGGCUGUGGGCCACGGCAGUGACCUGCGGAAGGUCGAGGGCACCCACCACGUCAACGUGAACCCCAACUUCUCGCUCUACUACACCGUGUCCCGGGAGCCUGUGGUCAUCGACAGAGUCUUCAAGGACUGGAAGCCGGGGGGCGCCAUUAGCUGCCGCAACUGUGGGGAGAGCUGGGGACUGCAGAUGAUCUACAAGUCGGUGACCCUGCCGGUGCUCAAAGUGCGCAGCCUGCUCCUGGAGACCCCGCAGAGCCGGAUCCAGGCCAAGAAGUGGUCGCGGGUGCCCUUCCCGGUGGAGGACUUCGACUUCCUGCAGCACUGUACCCAGAACCUGGCCGACCUCUCCCUGGACUGACUGCCCGGCGCUGCGGUGCCCGGCUCGGCCUGCAGGGGGCAGCAGAGCCCGCAGCCGCUGGCCCCCUGCUCCCCGCGCCGCCCCCCCCCCCCAUGAAGCUUUGAUCCAGGCAGGCUCCUGUCUGAGCCACCAGUCCUGGGCACCCUGGGGAGGCAGCUGGAGGGACACAUUCAGUGCUGGCCGCUGGCCGCCUGGACGGAGCCAGGAAACGGGCAGGAGGAUCAUCUACUGAGCCACGAGGACCCAACACCCUCCACACCAAAGCCACUUCUGGUUCUUGAGGCUCCUCAAAAAUUAAAUGGGAAAACAGGGUAGAAAA